AUGCGAGAAGCUACGGACGGUUCCGAAGUGGCACAAGUCCCACCGUCCGGAGACGACACCGACGGCAACGCUGACGGUGCCACCGACAGUCUGGCGGCCAGAAACUCAGCACCGGAGGGCAGCAGCUCUGGGCGUGGAGUCGAUGGCGAGACUGGUGAGGCAGCCCAGGAACGGCCCCAAGGCCGCUUACAGCAGGCAUUGGGCCGCGCGGCGGCGCCCCUGGCGGGUGCAGCCAGCGGCGCGCUUGGGGGAGCCCUUGGUGUAGCAGCAGUUGCCAGUGGUGGAGCCCUGGGUGCCCUUGCUGCUGUGGCCUUGGCCGGAACAUUGGUGUCCACUGCCGUCAAGGCACAGGCAGCGCAAGACCAACAGCUGCCGACUGAGCAGUCGCAGAUCGAGACUCACAGUCAAGAGCCCGUUGGCAUUGAAGAUCUUGCAGACGCUUCAGAAUCGCGACAGCCGCAACACGCAGCAAGCCAUGCAGAUGACAAUGGAGGGCCGCUACCACCUCCGGAGGAAGACGAUGCGGAGUCUACACAGUCGGAGGUGGGGUCGAGACAGGCCUCUGCUGACCUUCUGGAGGUUGCGGAGCCUGAAGUCCAGGACGGUGACGCUGAUUACGCCCAGCUUCUUCUGGCUGGCUCCGAGCUGUUGCCACUGGUCCGACUGCUGCAUCGUCUACACGCAAAGGAUCCAAGGCAGAUGGAGCAGCUGUGCCACGAGCAGGGCCUGGUUCGCUUGAGCGCAGAUGGCGAGCACGUCCCGGGUUUCUUCCAGCCUGGCAGCGAUACCGAGGCUGCCAAGGUCUUCCUGCUCGGGAGCGAGGCGGAUGCGCUGCAGCGCCCCGAGGCAUUUCUCGAAUGCUGGAUGCAGACCAAUGCUCGCAUCCGCUUGGCUACCCUGGACAGCUCCAUAGCUGAGGAGGCUACAGGCCAUGUACAUGAGGGCUUCCAAGCAGCUUGGCUCGGAGUGGCCCCGGCGCUGCGGCGGCUUAAUGACAGCCGCAAGGUGGUCAUUGUGGGCUACUCCUUAGGAGGUGCCCUGGCCACCCUUGGCGCCCUUGACCUGUGCUGCAAAGGCUUCAGGCAGGUCGAGCUGAUAACGUUUGGAAGCCCCAGAGUCGGCAACGAGAUAUUUCGCAGCUUCUUUCGGGAGAAGUGCCUCACAACGGGGGCCUUGCGGGUGGCGCGUUUCGUCAACACGCUGGACCUUGUUCCCCAUGUGCCAUUGAAUCCAGCUGAUGCUGUUGAUGCUACAAGGCAAGGGCAGCUCUGGCAAAGCGUCGAGGAAACCUUGAUGCGACGUCUGCCUCAGGAGCACCUCACAGGACCCGGCUUGGGUUCCUACGUACAUGUUAGUCCGGCCACCGUCCUCGACGGAUUGUCCACGGGGCUCACCGGAAUGGUCGCACGGCUCGCUGCUGUCGCCCCGGACGGGGAGAGGGCCGUCGGCCUGACCUCUCUACCGGCGGAGUUCCUCUCCGAGCACUCUCUCAGGAGUUACUUACGUACGCUUGCAGCCGCCCCAAAGCCGGCAUGGCUGACAGUGUCUACCCUCCUCCUGGACUCUGCUCGCCCCCUGCGCGCGGCACUUGGCCGGCUGGGAUAUCGGCCCACGAGCGGCCUCGCCGAGGCCGCGUCGGCAGCAUCGGUGGGCGUCAGCGUCGGCACCAUGCUCGUUCCGCAUGUCCUCGGCGCGUCUAUCUCUGCAGUGGGCUGCUUCUACAUCGCGCAGCAGGUCAGCCGCGUCUCGGAAGAGCUCUCCGUACAGUCUGCCAACACGUCCGGGCGCCUGGACACGUUGGCCUCAGCAGUCCACGUGCUGUCCCAGGAGGUCUUCGAUGCUAAGCGAGCCAUUGCUGCGGGCUUCACCGACAUGUCAGCGCGGCUGCAGAGGCAGAAUGUUGACAAUGUUUUGCGUCGGGCACGAGCUGGACAGAAGCAACUCGCAGACGACCUGGAGGUGUUCCUGGCUCGUCCAUCCACUGAUCAUGUGCUGAUGAUCCGGGAAGGCGCCCGUGCACUUCGGGGAGUCACGGCGGAGGUCCUGGAAUUGAGCUCCGAGCUGGAGGAGGCCGGUGCAGAAGCUCCAGACAUGGCAAGGCUGCUUGAAGUCCUGCUUUCGGGAACCAGGUUGGCCCUGUUGGCUGAUGCAUUGGUUGACGAGGAGACCGCGGCCUUGCGUGCUGCGCAGGCCUUCACCCGGAUAGCACCGGCCCUGGGCCGUUUCUACUGGCAACACAUGGGCGUUGGUGCCACUGAGCCGUGGCAACCAGCGAUCGACGCCCAUCGCUCACGCUUCUUGGCUGUUGCCUUGGCCCUCUCCGCGAACGCGACGACUGCGUCGGUGAAUCCUUUUGGCCGGCUAGCGUUCAGCACGCCAUGCGACCGGCUAUUUGCCGCACUCUGCGUAGAGCCGAGGAGUCCCGAACUCCGCGUCUCCCUGGCGCUGCACUUCGCACAAGGGCAGAGGAGCCAGGCGAUUGUUCCAUCGCAUCCCUGGGUGGCCAUCGAGGAUGGCGACAGCCACGGAUGCUCGGCAGGGUCUUCACUGAAGCAGCAACUCGAGAUCAAUAUCACGGGAACCUACUUGUAA